AUGAUCCCACUAAUCACGCUCGAAGAGCACUACAGCUCGCGCAAAGUGAGCGACGCAAGCCCCGAGGCCCAGGCCCACUACGCAGCGUUUCCCCCGCCCAUCCGCAGGAAGCUCGAGGCGCUGGGCGACGAGCGCAUCCACGAUCUCGACCACGGCAACGUAUCCAUCCAAGUGAUCUCGCACGGGCCCGGCGACAUCCGCGCCUCGCUCUGCACCGCCGUGAACGACGACCUGGCCGCCGCCGUCGCGCAGCACCCGACGCGACUCGCAGGGUUCGCGAUGCUGCCGAUGCGCGAGCCCGCCGCCGCCGCCGCGGAGCUGGAGCGCUGCGUGACGGAGCUGGGGUUCGUGGGGGCGCUGAUCGAGAACCACACGGGCGGAAGAUACUACGAUGACGAGCGCUUCUGGCCGGUCUUCGAGAAGGCGCAGGCGCUCGACGUGCCGCUCUACAUCCACCCGACGUUCGCCAGCGAUGCGAUGGUGGAGUACUACAGGGGGAACUAUGACGACUCGGUCGCGCUGGCGUUGAGUGCCUACGGCUGGGCCUGGCACGCGGAGACGGGCCUGCAUGUCCUCAGGCUCUACGCCAGUGGGGUCUUUGAUCGAUUUCCGACGUUGAAGGUCGUCAUUGGCCAUAUGGGCGAGAUGCUUCCCUUCCAGCUCGAGCGCGUUUGCACGGUUUCGGAGAGGUGGGGCAGGGAGAGGAGCUUCCGCGAGGUCUGGAGGAAUAACAUCUGGGUUACGACCAGUGGCAUGUUCUCGUUGACGCCGUUGGCGUGUCUCCUGAAGACAACCUCGAUUGAGCAUGUGCUGUACAGUGUUGACUAUCCCUUUUCGACAAAUGAGAGGGGUCUGGCGUUUUUUAAGGAGGUUGAGCAAAGUGGUCUUAUUGCAGGGGAGGACCUGGAGUUGUUUGCCUAUCGGAAUGCGGAGAACCUACUGGGCAUCAGAGCAAAACAAGUCGUGAAUGAUGAUUGA